GGAAUGUGAGGCUGUUAGCCUGCUUUCCCCUGAAACCACAUGGCGGGAACCUUAACUAACCUCCUUUCUCCGGUCACCCAAACCUUUCCUCCUCUCAGGACCCCCAACUCAAAACCUCACAAUCGCGCUUUCGGUAGCUCGUUGAUAUCUCGGAAGCGGCGUUCAAUCGCCAUCAUCAAAAACCACAAUCAGGGAAAUGCAGAUCAACCUUCUCGAAAGUCCAGUUUCAGGACCUUUUCGGUCUUGGCAGAAACUGUAUUGAGUUUUUCUUCUAGCAAUAUUCUUCCAUUAGCUCUUAUUGGAGGAGUAGUGCUGGGCCUCAUAAAUCCUGGUCCUGGAUGUCUUGCUCAUAGAUAUCAGUUAUCUAAAGUUAGCACUUUUGGGAUAUUCAUCAUAUCAGGAUUGACACUUAGUAGUGAAGAUAUUGGUGCCGCUGCUGAAGCAUGGCCUGUUGGACUCUUUGGGCUAGCCUCAAUUUUAUUGUUUACCCCCAAUCUUUCCAGAUUCAUCUUGCAGCUUCACCUUCAACCUCAAGAGUUUAUUACAGGUCUAGCACUUUUUAGCUGUAUGCCUACGACAUUAUCAAGUGGAGUUUCUUUAACCCGGCUUGCUGGAGGAAAUUCUGCACUGGCUCUUGCAAUGACUGUAACAGCUAGUUCAUUGGCAAUCUUGAUUGUGCCUUUUUCUAUAUCAAAGCUGAUAGCUUCCGGACUGGGAGCAUCUGUUCCGGCUGAGAAAUUGUUCAGAAGGCUAAUUUUUACUCUUUUGAUACCUUUAAUUUUGGGGAAGGCUUUUCGGGAAUCCUUUAAAGGCCUGGCAGAUUUUGCAGAUAAUAAUCGUAAGCUCUUGUCGGUUCUGAGUGUAGUAUUACUCAGUUGGGUUCCGUGGAUACAAGUGAGCAGAUCAAGGUCUCUGCUUCUAAUGAUCAAGCCUACAACUUUUCUUAUAGUUCUCAUGAUGGGAAUAUGUUUUCACCUCAUAUUAUUGGGUUUCAAUGCCGUAUCAAUACAGUGUCUUUGUGCUGUAUCUGGUGGUAGCAAAUCAAUAUUCGCAAAGAAAGAAAAUUCUACUGCCCUCCUACUAGUUGCAAGUCAGAAAGCUUUGCCGGUGCUAGUUGCAGUGGUGGAUCAACUUGGUAGCACGUUUGGUGAAUCAGGUUUACUGAUCCUUCCAUGUGUUGCAGGACAUUUAAUCCAGAUCAUCAUGGACUCUUUUAUCGUAAGCUUUUGGAACAAAAAGGAAACAUUAAAUGGUGAUACUGAGGUGCCAUGAUACACGGCCAUACAGGAAAGAAGACCAGAUUUGUCCAGUUUUCUGGUUAAAGAUAGCGGGUGGCACAUGGUAAAACGAUCAGUAUGAUGUUCUUCGCGCUCCAGUCACAAGUGAUUUCAACAGUCAAGAGGAACUCAAGUGCCAUUACAUUUUUUAUGGCCUUCUGAAUACAGAUAUAAUGCUUUCGUGUAACCUUUUAAGUAAUAGCCAAUUAACUCAAAUUUAUCAACACAUUGUUUUUAUAUAAAGGCAGACUAUUAUAAUGAUUGAUAA